ACAAUUGAAGUCAAGAAAUGAUAGAAGCCUUGGGUGAGAUUUCAAAUCUGAGUCCAGUGGGUCCAAUGAGCAGCCACCGAGAUUCGAAAGCGAAGCGGAAAUUUGACUUUUCUAGGUACUCUUUUAUAAAAACGGCAGCUGAAGAGAGUUUGAUCUUGGAUCCAUAUCUGGCUAAGGAUCCAGAUGAUAAAGAACAAGAAAAUUCUACUCUGAAGGCAGCUGCGGAGCAAACCCCUCCUCGCAGGAUUUCCGAUGAGAAGCCCAACUACUUAAGUCCAUAUGUGAGCGUCUCGCGCGGUAAAGUCAACUCUCGCUGUGAGCGUGAGAAGCGAAACAGCAUGUAUUUGCCCGGUGAGGAGUAUCCUGUUGCCAAUCGGCGGGCCCUCGAGUCGGUGCUCUACUUUCGCAUACAGCUGGAGAAUGAGAUUCGACGACUGCGAGAUAUCUGCAGCGAGUGGGAAGCCUAUAGCAAGGAGAAUGAGGCGCAUCUGGUUGAGACGGGCGGCAUAGAUAUGAUCAAUGUGGCCAUUGGACAGACAAAUUUGCUCUGUACCAAGAAAUUGAUGCAGUUCAGCGGUCUGAUUGACCGUUGCGAGGCGGGAGCUACGGGCAAGAACCAUCGACCGUACGAUGGCAGCGAGGAGACGAAACCCGUCCAGGCAGAGGAUCUGGAAGGGUGGUGGGACAUGCUGCGACUCCAGAGUGAGAAUGUUGACAAGCGCUUUGAUAACUUGAAGCGAUGGAAACAGAACAAUUGGCAGGACCCGAUGCAGUUGAGGAAUCGAAAAUACCAGCCAAGCCUGUGGCCAAACCAAAGUCUAAGCUGGGCAACAAUUUAAACGCUAAGCCCAAGGUCAAGGCCAGCAGUAACUUGAUGCAAUUACUCCGCAAGGCCCAUGCUGAAAUGAAAAAGGCUAAGGCGGAUGUGGUAUCAGCGGACGAUGCCCCGCAAACUCCAUCUCGCAGCAGCACUCAGCGUGUGAUCGUAGUACGCGACCGUCGGUCCUUCUCUCCUGCUCGCACCGUCCUGCGCAUGUCUGUAGGCGAGAGCCGUUCUUCCAAUGGUGGCAACACUCUGCUCAAGUCUGCUAUAUUGGCCGCGGCCGAACAAAACGCUCUUAAUCAUACCCCUCCUCCCAAUAAGGGACGCCAGUCGAUUCUGAAAAAACCAGGGACCAGCAAGCGUGAAAGUCGUGGAGUUAUUUUCUGUACAAAGAAAAAUGUACGGCACUUCAAAUUCACCUACGAAGAAGGCACUAUUAGCGAUGACCAGGGCCCAGCAGAAAAUGAGCCGCAAUCCGCGUCUUAGGCCAUCCACCGAGUUUAUGUAGUUUAUCUAUCAUUUAUUAUUUAAAGUUACGUUUGUGUUUAUAUGUAUAGUAUUAUUUAAUUCUGAAAAUUAUGUUUCAAUUUCAAA